GUUGUCACUGCAUUAUCGGACGGACGAUGGGCAAUCACGGCUCCAACCUGGACGACAUCCUGGCCGAGGACAUGCACCAUUGGUACAACAAAUUCAUGCGGGAUUCGCCGUCGGGUCUCAUCACGCUGUUCGAGCUGAAGACCAUCCUGGGCCUGAAGGGUAUGACUGAGAACGCCAACAGCUACGUGGACCAGGUCUUCUUCACCUUCGACAUGGAUGGGGACGGCUACAUCGACUUUGUGGAAUACAUUGCUGCCAUCAGUCUGAUGCUGAAGGGGGAAAUCAACCAGAAGCUCAAGUGGUACUUCAAACUCUUUGACCAGGACGGCAAUGGAAAAAUCGACAAGGAGGAGUUGGAGACUAUCUUCACGGCCAUCCAGGACAUAACCCGAAACAGAGAAAUUGACCCUGAGGAGAUUGUCACGCUCAUAUUUGAAAGAAUUGACGUGAAGGGGGAAGGUGAGUUGACCCUGGAGGAGUUCAUCGAGGGUGCCAAAGACCACGAAGACAUCAUGGAUAUGCUGAAGAACCUGAUGGACUUGACGCCCGUGUUGAUGAUCAUCGUGGAGGGCAUAAGGCCGUGAGGGGCAAAGCUGACCGAUAAAACAAAGACAAAAACUGGGGAAAAGUUGCUUGACGCCCCCCCUCCCCGGAGACAUGUCUGCGAUGGACCGACCGUCGUCUCUGGUGAUCAGGUGGACAGAAAAACUCGCUCCCGACACCUCGAUUCCUCGACAGUUGCGUUGAAGUCUCUCCUUCCCAGUUGAAGUCUACUGUAAAAUCAGAAGGGAAGAGACUGAAACAUUGAACUCCAAAAUGUCCAACAACGCCGCAGAAUAUCAUUGUCUCCUAGCAAUGAAAAAAUGAACUAUUGUGCCUAACACUACCCUAGAAGCUCUCUUUAUUACAUGAACAUAGUUGAGGUCAACAAUAAUGCAUCAAAGCGUCAUUCAUUAGCUGAUUUCUGCUGACGGGCGGCUAAGCGUUUUAUCUUGCUCUUCAAGUAUCACCCUUGUGCAAUGCAUGUUGGGAGUCUGCUCUGGCUCAGCCACAUUUUGCUGUGAUCUUCUUAAAAGAAGCUUAAUCCCACUGACUUGUAACGGAGAGCAUUCGAAGCUCCAUCCAACAAGGCUCCUUCCUGUCUGUUUUGAAUCAUUUUCAGGAAACCCAAGCGACAGUACUGCUCACUUGUUUAAAUGCUGUAUGCACAUUUUCUAGUUUUUCAAAUAAAAGCCUUACUCUGUGUGGU